AUGUCGACCCAGUGCUUGCGGGACGCAAGAGGUUUCGCUACCGGGAACGCAUCUGCAGGCGCUGCUAAGAGAGCCACCGCAACUUCAGGAGCGUCCGAGUUGAUAAACGAUGGCGUCGUCGCUACGUCGUCAGUUCUGCUCAUCGGCUCCUUCUUUUGGGUGCCGGCAUAUCUUUACUACGUGUGGAGAAAUAAAUGCAAGACUCGGAGGCGAAAAGCUCUGUUCCUGGCCUGCCUAGUGGCGUUCCUGGCGGGGCCAAUGCCGGUGACUCGAAGAAUUGCCAGGCUAUCGGUGUGGAACAGGUUCUGGAGAUACUUUUCCGGCAGUUUUGUGGGAGAGAUGGACGCUUGCAGAGGGAAGCAGUCGCUAUUCUGUCUCGUCCCUCACGGGGUGUUUCCGUUCGGCGUCGCCCUCGCCUCGCUCGGGAGGGCAAACGAAACCGUCUUCAACGCCGCCAAGCCGGUUUGCGCUUCAAUUAUGCUACGGACACCGAUCAUCGGGAAUAUUCUCCGCAUGAUCGGCGCCGUGGGAGCUUCGAGAGACACGAUGGACGACGCGCUAAAGCAAGGGCACUCGCUCAGUCUGGCACCAGGCGGGAUCGGUGAGAUGUUCUUAGACGGAGAAGCGGGAAAAGAGUUUGCGCUCCUCAGGGGGCACAAGGGGUUCGUCCGAAGAGCGAUGGCGCAUGGCGUGCCUCUAGUCCCUGUUUACGUUUUUGGCAACUCCCAAACUUUCAAGCGUGUGCCUCUACCGGCUGCCCUAGAGAGCCUUUCGCGACUGCUAAAAGCGUCACUAGUUCUAUUCUGGGGGAGAUGGGGCCUGCCAAUUCCGUUCAAGGUGCCAUUGACAUUUGCUUUCGGGGAGACAUUGGACAUCGAAAAGAACUUGUCGCCGUCAGAUGAGCAGGUGGACGCGGUUCACGCCCGAUUCUGUGAAGCCCUGGCGGACGUGUUUGACCGAUACAAGGGAACUUACGGCUGGGGCGACACAAAAUUAGAACUUCGGUGACACGUGAACUCACCCACACCAAUGAGUUGCGUCUCUCUUCGUGAUGAAGAGUAUACAGUGGUUGGGGCGGC